AUAGACCCUUCUAGAGACAAAAAGGGAAAUCCCUAAUCUUUUGUUAGCAGAGACACAGUGCGUGUGGGUGUGUGUUUUACGAUCGAACAAUGGCAUCGACGUUCUCGAAAUGGCUGGUGGAUCCAAAGAAGAACCCUCUCGCUGCAAUCCACAAGAAAUCCCUCUCCGCUCGCCUCCGUAAUUACGGGCUUAGAUAUGAUGAUCUGCAUGAUCCAAUGUACGAUUUGGACGUCAAGGAAGCUCUUAAUCGCCUUCCAAGGGAGAUUGUUGAUGCCAGAAUCCAGCGCCUUAAGCGUGCCAUGGACCUCUCAAUGAAGCACCAGUACCUCCCAGAGGAUCUCCAGGCAAUGCAAACACCAUUUAGGAGCUAUCUUCAGGAAAUGCUAGCUCUUGUUAAAAGGGAGAGAGCAGAACGUGAGGCUCUGGGAGCUUUGCCUCUCUAUCAGCGUACAAUUCCAUGAAGAAAUCAAAUCUCUCUUGAAGCUUUUUCCAUCGAGAAUAACUACUGUGUUGCUUGUAGAUCUCCAUGAUGGAGAUAGAAAUAUAUUCUGUGGGAAAACCAUGUUGUUCGCCUUCUAUAAUCAAACACUUCAAGUUAGUCAUCCUGCGGGCUUGGUUUUUGUACACCUAUAUAUCUUUAUAUGGGGCGUACAUUUUCACUAGAACUCCCAUAUUCGGAUUGCUUUGACAGGUUUUAUUGGUGUUUCCAAGUACACGUCCAAGGAACAUAAUUUUGCUUUACCUUUUCA